CUGCUCACGAACCUCUCAACCUUCCGUCCCGUUUUAGCCUUAUUACCUCCUCACUCUUGUAAUCAAUACUUCUUCAACCACUUGCCCCUCCCCCCCGUCGCCAGAAUGGGGUCCGAUCCGCAGUACAUAAAGUACCCCAACCUCGCCCUCGCCCAACAUGUCUUCAACCUCUCCAACCCAGCAUGCCCCCAAGUCGUGCGCCAGACAUCAUUGAAGAAGCUCCAAGAUGUCAUAUCUGAGAACAAGAUGGCCCCGUUCUACCGUCACCUCGCACAUCCCGUCGAAGGCAUCCUGAACCACUCUGGCGAAGGCGUUCCCGUUCAGGCCCCGGGCAAGUCCCUGCUUACCUCGAAUAUGUUGGCUUCGCGGAAGUCACCUCAGAAGAUCGAUUUCCCUUGGGACGAAGCGUUGUACCAGUCACUAGUAGAGAAUAACCGGAAGGAGCUGGAUGCGUUCCAGAAGGAGGAAGAUGAGGCGGAGGAGGCCGCCGGGGAAACCGAGGUCCUGGCCGCACGGGGGAAGCGCGCUGAAUUCUGGGCACGGGUAGGCGAUAAGGACAAAGCUAUUGAAUCCUACGAAGCCCUCCUCGAGAAGACGUCAUUCCUCGGGACCAAGAUCGAUCUGAUGCUGGCGAUGAUCCGGAUUGGCCUCUUUUUUGGAGAUACUUUGUCUGUGAAGAAGAACAUUGAACGGGCAAACACCCUCAUCGAGAGUGGCGGUGAUUGGGAUCGGAGGAAUCGCCUGAAGGCCUACAAGGGGCUACACCUGCUCACUAUCCGCUCUUACAGCCUCGCUGCUCCCCUGCUCCUCGACAGUCUGUCCACCUUCACCAGCUACGAACUGUGCAGCUACUCGUCCUUGGUUAUCUUUUCGAUCCUUGCGGGUUCGUUAUCUCUGAAGCGGGUUGAUUUCAAGGCUAAGGUCGUGGACGCGCCUGAGAUCAAGGCCAUCCUUGGACCCGGAGAGGACCGGCUGGCCGCUCUGACCGGCGAGGUCUCCUCUGGACCGGGCGCCCAGGAUGAGGAAAUGAAGGAUGCUACUGUUUCCAAGACCACGCCCUCUGCGGCAACCACCAUUGUUAACCUGACCACUUUCGCCGGCUCCGGUGUCCAGGCCGAAACAGAGUUACCCGUGGACUUUUCCCCCCUCGCCAAUCUGGUGGACAGUCUGUACACCGGUAACUACCGGACCUUCUUUGUGUCGCUGGCGGCGGUGGAGGAUAACUUCCUCAACCAGGACCGUUACUUGCACGAGCACCGCGCGUGGUUUGUGCGGGAGAUGAGACUACGGGCAUACCAGCAACUGCUCCAGAGUUACCGCGUCGUCGGCCUGAACAGCAUGGCCAGCGACUUCGGAGUCACUGUAGACUACUUGGAUCGGGAUCUUGCCAAGUUCAUUGCCAGCAACCGGAUUGCAUGCACCAUCGACCGUGUGAACGGUAUUAUCGAGACGAACCGACCGGAUGAUAAGAACAAGCAAUACGCGGAUGUGGUGAAGCAUGGCGAUGCUCUGAUCACGAAGCUGCAAAAGUAUGGUCAGGCCGUGCGGUUGCGAGGAAGCGAACGGAGCUAGAGUGACGAUGGGAACGGACGCCAGACAUGGUCUGAUCUGAACUCAUCACGUGGUUCAUGAUCUUCUAGAUGAGAAACCUUAGUGAUUUAACCAUCAUUUCCCCCUGUUCACCAUGAACCCCUUGCGAGCGCCACAGUAAGCGCUGCUGUAUCAUACGUCUAAUGAGCGAAGAGAACAUGACCUCGACGACUUCGGUGAUAAGAUCAAUCAAUCGGCAAGAGGGGAUGGAGGGCCAACCGUAGUGCUACCGGUUAUUCUAGUGGCUGGCUACCUGGCACAGCGCUAGCUCGUAGGGUCGGUGUAGCACUCCGGAACUGACCUGGCCUGGGCGAGCCGAAGAUAUCGGGAGGGCCCGGAGAUCGUACGGGAUGACCAGGUCACAUGACCACCAGGCACCAUCCGGUGUUAUGAUGGAUCGACCAGGGUUGGUUGGUUGCCUUCUCGCUGCACAGCUAC